AGACUCGAAGCCAUCUCCAUUGUUUCUUCCAUUCCUUCCCACUGAUUGGCCCACACGAAAAUAUCUCAACACACCAUCCCAAACUCCGGGGCUCCACCAUCCCCGGAAGUCUCUAGCGGGAGAUCGUUCCCCUGAUCCGAGACCCCACUCCUCACCGAUUUUCUCAAUCCCCACUGACUCGUCACCCAGUCGGCCUCCGGCCCUCCUGUAACCCCGAGUCUGGGUUUUCAACACUUGUGCCUCACCCCUCCCCAUACCUCUAUUUUCUAAUCAUCUCCCCUUCCCUUCUUCGCUUCUCCACGUACCCGUUUAUUUGUUUACUCAUCUCGAUACUCUCCUUUUCGAAUACAUCAACACAUUGCACUACAAGCGAGAUGGGAUCCUGCCUCACCCGCCUAAAAAAAGAGAUGGCAGCGCCACCUCAGAAUAACGGCAACUGGAAUUCUCUUUCCCCGCAACGGCCAGAUGCAUAUGCUCCCAAACCCAGGCAACAAGUGCAGAAGGUGCGGGUUCCAGGGACGAUCGGUGCGCAGUUGGGCAGGAUAGAGACACCGAGUGGGAUCCCGGGGCUGACGUUUGAUCAUGCUGGACGGCCUGUGUGGCGGGAGGAGAAUGCGGUCAAGGCGGAGACGGAGCAUAGGGAGAAUAGAUGGUGAAAUAUUUCAUGUUGGGGAGAUGGGUGUGGUUGAGAUGUUGACACGGGGAUACAAAUGGGAAAAAACGAAAACGCCGCACGGGAAGCCUCACCAUCUCCGGCUUGGAGGAUAUCGCCACGCGGGGGUUGUGAUGAAGCUUGAGGGGAUAAAUGAGGAUAUGAGGAAUUGGGAGUACGGCUUUGCGAGAAAGGGAAAUGGUUUGAAUUGGAGCUUGGGAUCGUAGAAGAAUAAAAUUUUGCUUUCGGACUGGCCCCAAGCGCGUACCAAUAUCCAAUUGAACGGGGGAAUAUGAACAAGGUUCCGAAGCCUCUGAAUCCAUG